GAGUCAUCGGCGUCGACCUCCCUGGUGUAAACACGAGAGUGGAUCUUGACGUUCGAAGCAUCUUUUCCAAACUUUAAUAAACUCUCUCCAGAAAAAGUAGAAGACCUCCCUUCCUCAGGAUGGGCGACGAGACCUGGGCGAAUAUCCAGCUAGUGAAGAGCAAGAGGGAGAGAUUCAGGGAGAAGUUCAAGAGGCGAAAAGCAGAGCGAGAGACGAUCCUGAACUACGCUGGAGGAGGCGGCGGCAAUGCAACCUCACUGCAACUCUGCAAUAUUGCAACCUCUUCUUCAGCUACGACUUCUUCCUCGGAUAUUGAGGCGGGCAAGAUUCCCAUUCCCGUCGGCGUUGUGCCAACCACAAGCAGUAGCCAAGAUGACUCUAGUCUCGAAUGUGCCUUGUUAGAGUGUCUGAAUGAGGCCUUACCACCAGUUCAGUCGAUACAGUUGUCAGAAACACUCUCAGCUAAACUAAGAAGAACACUGCCUUCGAAAGCAAUUAAUAACUUGUUGGAGAAGUUUGCAUAUAAAGAACUAAUUAGCAUUACUCAGGGUACCAGUGAAGGGAGGACUUCGUUGACAGUAGUAGCUGUUGAGCACAGCAAAGUAACAGCUGUUUUGGAUGCAGAACACCGAGAGAAGAAAGUUCAGCCCACUGCCGUUGCUGUUGAAGAUGAAAACCAUUCUCCAGAGAAAUCUGACGAUACAAUCUCAGAGCCUCCUGCAAAGAUUCUUCGUGAAGAGAAGGAGACAAAAGUGGACAAAGAGAAGAGAAAAGAAAGGAGAGAAGAUGAUGUUAUGAGUUUGUUGUCAGCGCAGAGUAUAAGAGAACGGGAAACAAAGAAAGUGGGAGAAGAGAUCAUGGAAUUACUCAGCAAACCUACUGCGAAAGAGCAGAGCUUGGCGCAAAGAUUCAGGUCUCAGGGAGGUGCCAAGGUCCAGGAAUUCUGUCCACAUGGCACCAAGGAAGAGUGUGAGAGAGCGACAAAGAAGGGAGGGCCGCAGUGUGGACGCCUUCACUUCCGCAAGAUCAUCCAGAAACACACAGAUGAGUCUCUGGGAGAUUGCUCCUUCCUGAACACUUGCUUCCACAUGGACACGUGCAGAAAAAGGAAGCAAGAGCCCCGUCCAUGUGAUGGACCUUUCCCCCGCGGCCCCCCGCCUGAGGUGCGCACCACCCUCUUCCCCUCGGUGGAUCGUUUUGACCUGCGCUUCCUCGAUAUGUCCUUGUUAGGCAAGUUUGCCGUGAUCAUGGCCGACCCCCCCUGGGACAUCCACAUGGAGCUCCCCUACGGCACCAUGUCAGAUGAUGAGAUGAGGCAGCUGAACAUCCCCAUGAUGCAAGAGGAAGGACUCAUAUUCCUCUGGGUGACUGGCAGAGCCAUGGAACUUGGUCGAGAGUGCCUUAAGCUCUGGGGCUAUGAACGUGUUGACGAAAUCAUCUGGGUGAAAACCAAUCAGCUUCAGCGCAUUAUUCGCACGGGCAGAACAGGCCAUUGGUUGAAUCAUGGCAAGGAACAUUGUUUGGUGGGAAUGAAGGGGAACCCCAAAGUAAACAGAGGCCUGGACGGGGAUGUCAUUGUGGCUGAGGUUCGUGCCACGAGUCACAAACCGGAUGAAAUCUACGGCAUCAUUGAGCGUCUCUCCCCCGGCACGCGCAAGCUGGAACUCUUUGGUCGGCCUCACAAUGUACAGCCAAAUUGGGUGACCCUCGGCAACCAGCUGGAGGGUGUAAAUCUCCUGGAGGAAGACCUGGUCAAGGCAUUUAAAGAGCGAUAUCCAGACGGCAUAUGUUGCAAGCAGACCACCCAGUAGUGUGAUCAUUGAUUGUCGAGAUCCCGGCGUUUAUCUUGGUGUUUUGGAAUGCGCCCUGAUGACCAAGAUGGAGGACAGUGUAGAGCUAUAUUUUACCAAAGUAUAAUCAUUGGAAAAAUUCUCUGUGGAAUUGCGUAAAGAUUUUUUAAAUAAUGCCCUGUGAAUGAAAAUUCUGCUGUAAUAUUUGUGUAUUGCUCGUCGCCUUGGAUUAACAUUAUUGGCACUGAUUAUUGUCAGCAGUUGGAGAUUUUGUUACUAUUCGUUAUUAAAAUGUAAUUUUUA